AAGACUUUAUGGUUUUAUGACUUUACCAAAACAAUUUCCAGCAUACAGUAUAUCAAAAAAUUCCAGCGAGUUGAUCCUUAAUUCCGAUCAGUUUUCCGACAACUUUAAUUCAUAGUACUUAACAUGGCUACUUCAUCGGACAAGCACGAUGUAUUCUUGAGUUUCAGAGGAGAAGACACUCGCAAAAACUUCGUAAGUCAUCUGUACGAAGCUUUAGAUAAAAGUGGUAUCAACACGUUCAAAGAUGAUAAGAAACUAGAGAAGGGUACAUCAAUUCCAGAAGAACUUCCUAAAGCUAUUGAUGAGUCGAAAUUCGCUAUUGUGGUCUUUUCGAUGAAUUACGCUACGUCUGGCUGGUGUUUGGAUGAACUUGUGAGGAUUAUUGAAGGUAAAAUUCAACGCGAUCUGACUGUUGUACCGAUCUUCUACGGUGUAAAUCGAUAUGAAGUAGGCGAACAAAGGAAGAUGUUUGCUGAAGCUUUUGAUAAACAUGAAGCAAAUGUUGAUAGAGAAAAGGUGCAGAUCUGGAGGAAUGCUCUAUGCAGAUCUGGAGGAAUGCUCUAACUGAAGCAGCCAAAUUACCAGGCUGGGUUAUAUGCAACGGGGACAGCGAAGCUGAAAUCAUAGAGGACAUUGUCAAAUAUAUUCAAAAGAAGAAGCAGCAGAUUCCAAUUAAUACUGCUAGUAAUUUAUUGGAAACAAACUCUCGAAACGUGUCCUUUUGGCCCACCACACUUGACUUCCUUUCCUCUUUUAUCUUCUCUCUCUUUCCCCCACUCGCUCUCCCCCUUUUUUUUUUUUUCCGCGUUU